GACACAAGGCGCGCACACCCUCCCACCGCCUGCGAUCGCAACCUGCCUCUGUCGAUCAAAACUUUCCUCUUGAAAGAUGGCAGGACAGCGCCUGAUUGCGAGCUGCUUCCUUGCAGGCAAGUUUCUGGAUUUUGUAUGGGAGCAUGCAGGAAUCUGCUGUGCAGCAGAGGGUAUCUGUGUGUUUGUGUGCCUUUAUCUUUAGGCUCCACUUAUAGGAUUCGGAAUAGGAAUGCCAUAGGACCUGUUUUAGAACAGGAUGAGUAGCCACGGAAAGAGAUGUCAGUCAGACACUGUAUCAAAGGCUAUUCCAAACUUUUUUUGAAGAAGAAGAGCUCCACUCUAGUCAAGAAAGAAGUAGCUACAUGUAUGUUUUUCACCCUGCUGUGUGUCUUUCGGUACAAUUUUUAGCAGGACCCGUGUGCCUAAAAUUCUUGGGGACCAGGAAGUUUGCCUGCUUUUUCUUGCUUCCUCUCUUUUGCAACGCCUUCUAAUUUUAGUCUCAGGCUGCAGCCCCUUUCGUUUGCCGCUUGGCGCAGAGACAGCUGUUGCCAUAUUUGUGAGGGAGAGCAGGGGCAGUGGCAAAAUCUUUUAAAAUGCUUUCGGUUGCAUUUCCAAAUAUGCCCUUUGCAGCAGCAGCUGGCGCACCAACGUUAAGUAAGGACCCAGGAAUGGAAACAAAACAAAACUGAGGAGUAAUGCGGUUUUCACAAUCCUGCUAAAGAAUACACGUUAAUUGCACAUGUGGUGUUUCUCAUAACCAAGUAGGUAACUUUAGCAGAAUCUACUGGUACAUGUGGGAUCUUUCCAUCGUGUAGCAUGUGUCACAGGGGUAGAUACUUGAGAAAAGGGCUUAAGAAAGGGGAACCAAGGAGAACUACUUGAAAAUGAUUUACAGAUGGUAUUUAACUCCGAGUAGGCUUGCUAAGUUGUAUAAGACUGAAUCAGAUAAGUGCUGGAAAUGCAAAGAGGUUGAAGCAAAGUUCUUUCAUAUGUGGUGGACUUGUAAAAGGGUAAAACAGUAUUGGGAAAUGAUACAUAAUGAAUUGGAAAAAAAUAUUCAAAAGUGCUUCCCCCCCAAAAAAAAACCCCAGAGUCCUUUCUGUUGGGGAUAAUUCAGACUGAAAUUCCCAGGUGUCAAAAAUGGUUCUUUAUGUAUACCACUACUGCGGCCCAUGUUUUGUUAGCCCCAAAAUGGAAAACAAGUGAGGUCCCAACCAAAGACAAAUGGCAACUUGACAGAAUAUGCACAACUCGCAGAGUUGACAUAUAGAAGAAGAAAGCAAGAAGAACAUAUGUUUAGGGGAGAUUGGAAAACGUUUAUUGAAUAUAUGAGAAAUAACUGUGUACAGCUGAAAAUGUUGGCAGCAUUAAGAUAAAUUCAACAGUAUAAAUAAGUUAUGAUGGAUGUAAUAACAGAAUACAGUGGUACCUCGGGUUACAGACACUUCAGGUUACAGACUCUGCUAACCCAGAAAUAGUUCCUCGGGUUAAGAAUUUUGCUUCAGGAUGAGAACAGAAAUCGUGCUCCGGCAGCACGGCGGCAGCAGGAGGCCCCCAUUAGCUAAAGUGGUACCUCAGGUUAAGAACCGUUUCAGGUUAAGAAGGGACCUCUGGAAUGAAUUAAGUCUCAUACUAUACAAAAAGAAAACAUGCGUUCAUACAAAAAAUAAUAAUAUAACCAUUAGGCUCUCCUUAGCCUUUGACUUCCCUUCACCCUUUUGGUAAGUAUCAAAUAAGUCCCGGGUUGCGUAAUUAGUUUAUUAAAGUUUAUAGUUAUUAGCUGAUAAAGUUUUUCUAAUACCGCCAGCUCCUCCUAUAUAUCCGUUCCAAUAUAUUUCCAAAACUUACUCCAAUUUUUUUGAAAUUUCUGGUCGUCUUGGUCUCGUAUUCUGCCUGUUAAUCUAUCUAGCUCGGCAUAGUUGAUCAUUUUGACCUGCCAGUCACUUAUGUUAGGAAUAGUUUCUAUUUUCCAGUUUUGUGCCAGCAUAAUUCUUGCGGCUGUGGUGGCAUAGAGAAAUAUUUUUUAUCUUCAUUUUUAUUUCCUUACCCAUUAUUCCCAGCAAAAAGGCCUCAGGUCUCUUGGGAAAAGUGUAUUUAAAAACUUUUUAAGUUCAUUAUAAAUUGCUUCCCAAAAACCUUCACCUUGCUGCAUUGCCACCACAUAUGGUAGAGGUCUCCCUCCCCUUCACCACAUUUCCAGCAUGUCUUAUUUUCUGAUCUAUAGAUUUUAGCCAAUUUUGCCGGCGUAAGAUACCAUCUAUAGAGCAUUUUCCAAACAUUUUCUCUCAAACUCGUACAGGCCGUAAAUUUAAUGUCUCUAUUCCACAAUUUCAACCACUUUUCAAACUCGAUGUUAUAACCGAAGUCAAUUGCCCAUUUAAUCAUUGCCUCUUUGACUUCCUCGUCUUUUGUAUGCCAUUCCAGUAAUAUGUCAUAUAAUUUAGACAAUGUUUUGUUUUUGCCUUCUAUUAUUUCUAUAUUGAAUUUUGAUUUCUUGUCCUCAAAGCCCAUUUUUCUUUUAUCUUGUUUUAACAUAUCAUUCACCUGAUGAUAUUGUAGCCAGCCGGUGAAUUGAUCCUUUAUUUCCUCAUACGGUUUAAGUUUAUGCCCUUGUUCUGAUUUUCUUAGCAAAUCUUCGUAGGUGGCUGUCUUCCCUUCCAUGUUGGUUUUUUUUGUUAAGACCUCUACUGGUGAAAUCCACCAUGGUGUUUUUCUUUCGAGAAGGUUCUUAUUUCUUUCCCAGACCUGAUAUAUUGGUCCCCUGAAAAUAUGGUUUAAGAAAGCCCUGUGGACUUUCACCUUCUCGUACCAGAGAUAUGCGUGCCACCCAUACCGGUUAUUGAAACCUUCUAAAUCCAGUAGGUCUCUGUUCUCCAAUUUUAUCCAAUCUUUUAACCAAAGUAGGCACGCUGCUUCAUAAUAUAGGCUCAAAUCUGGGAGGGCAAAACCUCCUCUUUCCUUUUUAUCAAUUAGUAUUUUCAUUUUAAUCCUUGGUCUUUUCCCCUGCCAGAUGAAUUUCAUCAGGGUUCUCUGCCAUUCUUUACAUUGUUUUAGACCUUUAAUAACUGGAAGAGUUUGAAAUAAAAACAACAUCCUCGGCAAAACAUUCAUUUUAACCACUGCUAUCUUCCCUAAAAAGGAAAAUUUCAUCCUCCCCAUAUUUCCAGAUCUUUCUUUAUUUUUUUCCAUGUAACUUCAUAAUUAUCUUUAUAUAGGUUUAUGUUUUUGCCGUAAUCCACACUCCCAAAUAUUUCACUUUUUUCACCACCAUGAUUUCCACUUUUUGUUCUAGAUCUUUCGUUUCUUCCUUAGUUAAAUUUUUAACCAGCAUUUUAGUUUUAUUCUUGUUUACCUUAAAACCUGCCACCUCUCCAAAUUCCUCAAUUUUUUGUAAUGCUUCUUUUACACUAUCUUGUGGAUCUUCCAAAGUCAAAACAAUAUCGUCGGCAAAGGCUUUAAUUUUGAAUUCCUUCUUUCCUACUCUAAUUCCUUUCACUUCUGUUGCCUCCCUCAGUCUCUUAUUAAGUACUUCCAAAAUUACAAUAAAUAAUAAGGGGGACAGGGGGGCAACCUUGUCUGGUCCCUUUAUAAAUGUUAAAAUAUUCUGUUGUAUUGUUAUUUAUCACCAGCUUUGCUUUCUGUUCUUUGUAUAUUGCUUCUAUGCCUCUUCUAAAUUUUUCGCCAAUUCCCAUCCUUUCCAAAGCCUUCUUUAGGAAGUUCCAGGAAACAUUAUCAAAUGCCUUUUCGGCGUCUAUGAAAACCAGUGCGGCUUUUCUGUCUAUUUUCAUGUCCAGGUAUUCAAUAAUGUCAAUCAAAUUCCUUACAUUAUCCCGUAAUUGUCUCCCUGGGAGAAAUCCUGUUUGAUCACCAUGAAUUUUAUUAAUCAAGACCUUCUUUAAUCUUUCCGCCAUUAUGUCUGCAAAUAGCUUAUAAUCAUUAUUUAAUAAUGAGAUUGGCCUAUAGUUCUUUACUUCCAUAGUGUCCACCUCUUUUUUAGGGAUCAAUAUAACAUAGGCUUCCUUCCAGGUAUUAGGUAUCUUUCCUUCUCUCAAUAUAUUGUUCAUAACCUCUCCCAGCACUGGUGAUAUUUGGUUAAUUAAUGUUUUAUAAUAUUUGGCCGGAAGGCCGUCCGGUCCAGCGCCUUCUCAGCUUUCAUCUUUUUAAUAGCCUUUUUAUCUCUUCCUGUGUUAUUAUCUCAUCUAGUGCUGCUCUUUCAUCUUCUACAAUUUGUUCCAGAUGGUGUUUUUGCAGAAAUUGAUCUAUUUCUUGUUCUGUUUCCAAGUUCUUAACCCAAGGUACCACUGUACUUUAAGGUAUAGUUUUUGUGAAAUAUGCAGGGAUUUAUGAUAUGCAAAAUAAACCAUGGAAAGAGAAGAAGGAACGUCAUUGAUAUCUUAAGGCUGUAAAAAUGAGUACCGUAUUUUUCGUCCCAUAGGACGCACCUAGUUUUUUGGGGGGGAAAUAAAGGGAAAAUUUUUUCCCUUUAUUUCCCCCCCAAAACCAGGUUGGGGAAUCCAAACCAGGUCGGGGAACAGCGGGAUGGCGGCGCUCCGCUUCCCCGCUGUCCCCCGAGCUUGUGGGGCUGCCCGAUAUCUGUCCGAAGUGUGGGGCGCUCUGCUUCAGCGCUCCCUGCGCUCCGUGCAGCAGGCUGCGGAUGUCUUCCUGAAGCGCCGGGCGCUCUGCUUCCAGUGCGCCCCACCCUCCAUGAAGCAGGCUGAGGAUUUCUGCCUGCAGCACGGGGUGCUCUGCUUCAGUGCACCCCGCGCUCCGUGCAGCAGGCUGCUAUCCGCAGCCUAGGGAGCCCUGCGGGAACUCCCGCGGGCUCCCCAGGUUUGCUGAUAGCUUCCUGAAACCUGGAGAGUGCGCACCGACCCCUCUCGCUCUCCAAGCUUCAGCGAAAGCCUGCAUUCGCCCCAUAGGACGCACACAGAUUUCCCCUUCAUUUUUGGAGGGGAAAAAGUGCAUCCUAUAGGACGAAAAAUACGGUACUUUAAAUUAUAAAACAUAUCUAUCUAUCUAUCUAUCUAUCUAUCUCUAUCUAUCUAUCUAUCUAUCUAUCUAUCUAUCUAUCUAUGAACCAAGAUAUAUAGAACUUGUUGUGCUUGACAAGACCCUGAACUACCCUGCUGCAUUGUGUGAGGUGUGGUGGCAAGAUAUGAAUGUUAUUAAAUCAGACUGCAAAUGAGCUUUGCUCUUGCAAGGAAGUGACAAUUUCUCUCCAGGGACAAUACUGUAAAAGAAAAGGAAAAACCUGUUGUCUUGGGUAUAAAAGAAGCAAAGGGUAAGAAAAAUCUAUUGCCUUAGCAACAUUUAGAUGUCCCGACCCUAUGAAGGCCAGGAAGAAGAAAAAGGAAACAGCCAUCAUUCGAAUGGCAGAGUCAGAGAACAAAGCACAUGAGGUGAAGAAUGAAUCAAACAAAGGCCAAUUUGGUUUGACACAUGUGCAGUUUGAAAGCUUUCCCCCAGCUUUAUUUUAUUUUAGGGAUUUCUGUCUUGCCCCUCAAAAGGCCCCCAGGGCAGCUUACGAAAAGUUAAAAUAACGGGGAAAUUAAAACAACUUGCAAAACGCUACAGUAUAAUGGUAUAAAGGCAGUUGAUGGAAAUGAAAAGCAAGCACAGCGCAAUAAUGUCAAUUUACAGAGGACUGAGAAACCAUUUGCCCGGCGAAGAAGUAUUCUGGGCGUUACGAGCUCAGCCAAGUCAUGUUCCAAAGCGGAUAAUUACCAUAUUUUUUGCUCUAUAAGACUCACUUUUCCCCUCCUAAAAAGUAAGGGGAAAUGUGUGUGCGUCUUAUGGAGUGAAUGCAUGCUGUGCAGCUAUCCCAGAAGCCAGAACAGCAAGAUGGAUUGCUGCUUUCACUGCGCAGAGAUCCCUCUCGCUGUUCUGGCUUCUGAGAUUCAGAAUAUUUUUUUUCUUGCUUUCCUCCUCCAAAAACUAGGUGCGUCUUCUGGUCUGGUGCGUCUUAUAGAGCGAAAAAUAUGGUACCGACUUCGACGACUCUUUCGGUUGAGUGUGCAGGCUUCCCAGCGAUUUUAAGCUCCGUCUUGGGCUGUGCAAAAACCCUCAGUUUGCUGAAAAGCAAAAGGCAGUGGAGAACAUUGAGAGUUUGUCUUUUGUGUCAUACGAAUCCGGAUUCUGGAUCUAAUCCCGUGUCGUCUCUGCUCUGUCUUAGGGCUCCUCUUCAGCCGGGGCCUGGCUUUCAGCCUCCCUGUCCUCAAUCUCUAUGCCGUGGUUGGGGAGAUCUUUGUCCACGAGUUUGAAAUAGACGACUUUAAGGAUGCCUUUCCCUCCUCCAUGGACGAAAAUGGUAAGGGACCAGGAGCGGUUUCCUUUCAAUCCAUCCCAGGCACAGUUAAAUAGCUAGCUGCCUUUCUACAGAUACGGUUUUGUCUACAUAACGGCAUGUGUCUGUGUACCUAGAUCUAUAUAUGUUGCUGUGAUUAACAAACAAAGUAAUUAUUAUUAUUAUUAUUAUUAUUAUUAUUAUUAUUCAUGGAGCUAGCUGCUCUGCUUUGUCAAUCACAGUAGUAUAUUAUUUCAGCUGAAUCCUAAGAGGGAUCUGCAGCAAGCUUGUGUGAAGCGCUCUUUGAUGCCAAGACUACAAAAGGACAGGUCCCUGCCCUGGGUGCUUACAAUCUAACACGUUCGGUUUCCGAACGCUGGAAGCCCGGAAGUAAACGCUUCCGUUUUCAAACGUGCCUUGGAAGUCGAACGGCUUCUGCUGCGUGAUUUUCAGUUUUCUCAAUUGAACUUGCAGCCAGCCCUUUGCAACUUGGCUUUCGAACGUUUCGGAAGUCGAACGGUCUUCCGGAACGGAUUACGUUCGAGAACCAAGGUACCACUGUGUUGUUGUUGUUAGUCCUGCCUCCAUAGAGAUCAACCCUAUACAGUGUAGCCUAGGUGUUUCAAGGAACAAGCUUCAGGAUAGCAUCUCCAUCUCCCAGGGAGCGCAGAAGAAGCACAACAUUAGCUCAAUUUGGGUCUGAAAUCUUACAGAGCCGCCUGAGGCCCCUGUCACUUUCCACACCAAUCUUCUGGAUUACCCAGACUUGCCCCGCUGGCUGCGCUACAUUCAACGCACCCCCUACCAGACGGGAUAUCUCUACGGGUCCCCCACAAGCAAAGAACUCGGCAAGCAAACAAUUGAGGUGCGUGCAUGUUCUAUAAUUCCCUGGCGGACAGGGGGGUGGUCAUCUAUUUUGCUCAAGAUUCACCUUGAGAGCGUCCUGGGCAGAAGCCCAGGUCCAGGCUGAGCCUGAAGUCAUGCCCACAUCCUAUAGCUAAAGCAUAUUUAUAACAUAUGGCUCCCCCCCCAAAAAAAACCACAAUGGGAAUGGUAGUUUGCCCAUCACAGAACUACAAUCCCCAGCACUCUUAACAAGCUAUAGUUCCCAAGAUUUUUUUAUUUGGGGGGGGGAGAAUCUUGACGUCAAACACAUGCACCACACGCCAAUGCCCCUGAAUUUUGGGGGCAACCUGGUGCCAUGGAUUGGGCCCUGCAACUGCAUCUCUGCCCCUGUGGGACAGCACCAGCAGUGGGGCACUGAUGUACAGCAUGUCCCUAUUUUCACCUGAGGAAUAUUGGGGGGUAUGGCUAAAACCCAUGACUAGAAAUCACUGGCAAAUGUAAGUGUGGACAAGCCCUUAAUUAAGUUGGUCUGCAAUGAAAUUCAAACCAAAUUAAACCCUGUUCCUCCCCUCCCCGCCCCUCCAGUGGAGGGUUUUAGGUUUGAUGAGGCCCUAAGUUACUGAAGGUAAUGGGGCCCUUUAUAUGCCUAGCUAUCCUUUGUCAACAAUAAAUGGUCACUGUUUUUGUUGUUGAAUAUAUGUUAUCUGGUAAUUUAUGGACCUCGUAGGUACCUAAAGCCAUUUGCACAUGUUGCCCUGCAACCAGUCCAUGCAGAAUGUAGGCACCCUAUAUAUAGAAAUGUGCAAACCAGUGAUAUUUUAGGGAGCAGGCUAGCAGGUGGGGCCCAUGACUUACAUCAUAGGAGCCUACACAACACAAAACACUGUUGCUCCAUGUAGGUUUUGUUUCAUUUGUUUUUUAUCUUAUAUUUUGGAAAUGUUCAUCCAGGGUUUUUUCCCUUUAAUUUUUUGGGGGCUCCCAAGAGAGUGGGGCCCUAAGCUAUAGCUUGUUUAGCUUAUACGUAAAUCUGGCACUGGGCACCGCCUGUCCUCCCCCCCUCUCCCUCCUUCCCCUCCUCCUCCUCCUCCUCCUCCUUAGUCUCAGCCUUGUCUUGUUGAAAUCAGCAGAGAAAAGGGACAAAGCAAGAAUUUGCUGGCUCAGCUUGUCAUGGCGUCCAUGCCUUCUGCCCUAGUAGGGGGUAGCUGGGUACAUUUGCCCUGGGUCUCGGUGGACUAAGCUGACCGGGACCUGCUGGACUCACUCUGUCAUGCCAAGAAUGCCCCAUGCCUCCCAGCUGAUGGGGGAAUCCCGGCACCAGCCAUCGCUACUAGCUGCAGCCAGAUAUCUCCAAAAUUAAAAAAUUCCUUCCAGUAGCACCUUAGAGACCAACUUAGUUGGUUAUUGGUAUGAGCUUUCGUGUGCAUGCACACUUCUUCAGAUACCUUCAUGCAUGCACACAAAAGCUCAUACCACUUACAAACUUAAUUGGUCUUUAAGGUGCUACUGGAAGGAAUUUUUUUAUUUUGUUUUGACUACGGCAGACUGUUAAGUUGUGGGUGAACAUAUCAGACAACACAGAGAUUCUUCAGACAGCUCUUGUUUAUUCACAGGCCAGAACAGAACUGAACUGAAGGGUUCAGCCAGCCUGCUUAUAUAGAGCUCAACUACAAAGCAACAGUAACAACUUUCUGUAACUAUCCAAUCACUGAACGUCACUUUCAAUCCCUUAUUUGCAUAUGCGGACCUGAGUGAAAACUAUCUACAGUAUCCCCCUGCUGGCCCAGGGUGAGAACUUCAGUACAUAACACAGACCAACAUGGCUACCUACGUACCUGUAACCAGAUAUCUCCAGUACCAGCUUUGAAGAGCCAGUUCCACUCAGACACAGGAUAUGAUUGCUUCUGCUUCCAGCCUUUGUGGUAGCCAUCGGCCCAAAAACUAUUUAUUUGCUGUUCUCCUUAUUGGAAACCUGCUUUUUUUCCCUUUGAAGGCUGAGAUACAACGGUGUGUGGGCCAUACCCUCCAAUAUUUCUCCAGUGAAAAUAGGGGUGUCCUAAGGAAAAGUGGACAUUCUGGGAUCAGAUUAGAAGCUGGGAUGGUUUCUGUAUAUCUCCCUGGAAAAUAGGGACAUUUGGAAGGUCCGGUGUGUUUGGGCAUGUGUUUUAAGAAAAAUUAAAUUAACCCCCAAAUCUCUUUCUCUUAUUUGUGACAGGUGAAGGCAUAUAACAGAUACACUUAUGAGACUGCGAGGCAAACCAUGAUCAUCACCGUCGCCCCAUCUUCAGGUAAUUCCCCCUCCUCCAUGAAGUAUAUGGGGCAAAUUCAGCUGUAUUUCCUUACAGUUGACUUUGGUGGGGAUACUGGAUAUUGGCUGGGUGCAGAUCCUCAUUGCCUGGACUCCCAUGAAAGGCCUUUGUUGGGCUUUUGCGGGAAGGUGGGUGAGCAGAUGUCGACCCGAGCCAGGAAAGUUGGAGAAGACUUCCAAAUCCAUUUAGGCCCAAUGUAUAUAUAUGCAUUAUUUGGGCUUAUUGAUGCCAGUGAUGGCUUGGCCCUCUCCUGGGCCAGUGAUGAGGAAUCAAAUCUAGCUCUCUCUCUCUGUGUGUGUUUAUUUCUGUUUUACACUUUAGAAUACUCAUUUAAACAACCUUAAAAUGUCAAUGACUUCCCUUCUUCUCUUUCCAUGGUUCAUUUUGCAUAACAUAAAUCCCUGCAUAUUUUACAGAAACUAAACCAUUCAGUAUUCCAUUAUUACAUCCGACAAAACUUAUUUACAUGGUUGAAUUUAUCUUACUGCUGCCAACAUUUUCAAGUGUACACAAUUCCCCCCAUAUAUUCAAAAAACAUUUUCCAAUCUUCCUUAAGUGUAUGUUCUUCUUGUUCUCUUAUUCUAUAAGUUAGAUCUGCAAGACGUGCAUAUUCCAUCAGUUUAAGUUGCCAUUCUUCUUUAGUUGGGAUCUCGCUCAUUUUCCAUUUGGGGGCUAACAAAAUACGGGCUGCAGCUGUGGCAUACAUAAAUGUUUUUGACACCUGGGAAUUUCCAUCUAAAUUAUCCCCAACAAAAAGGACUCAGGUUUUUUUGGAAAAGUACUUCUAAACACUUUCUUUUCAAUUCAUUGUGGAUUAUUUCCCAAUCCUUUUACUGGUCCAAGAAUCUAGCUGUGUUUUUACCUGCCCACAGCUCAAAUGUGAAACCCUCAUGAGGCAAAUGUGAGGGGUCCCCUCCACCCUAGACCUUUUGCCUUAAACAUGUAUCGGGGCAGAUCAACAUCAUAUAUUUAAAGCACAUCCAUUUAAAGUGCUCUUCCACUGAUCUAUGUCCCUUCCCCAAUGCAUAAUCCUAGAACUGUACAGUUGGAAGUUACCAUCAUGAGAGUCAUCUAGUCCAAUACAGAAAUCAUUUGCCCAAUGUGGGGCUCGAACCGGCAACCCUAAGAUUUAAAGUCUCAUUCUCUACCGACUGAGCUAUCCAAUCUCCCCCCUGUGCUGGUUUACUCAGGAAUAAUAAGCCUCGCCAUGUUCCGUAGCGCUUUCUCUCUCUAGCAAACGGGCUCAGGAUUAUCACUCUGCAAGUAUGUGUCAAAUGACGCGUCAGGCUUUGGAGCGAUUAUGAAAGGAACUGGAAAGGAAACAGCAGGCAUCGCAAUGCCUUUCUGCCAGGCGGCUGCAGUGUGGCUUCAAAUAGAAUAUCAUCUCCCUGUCUCAAAAGGAUGUAAUAGCGCUAGGGGGAAAUGAUCAAAGAGCUGGAGCGCUUUUGCCUGCAAGCAAAGGCUAAAUUGAAGCUUUUAAGCUUAGUAUAAAGGACAGCAAAAGAGCAUGAUAGAGGUUUAUCAGUUUUUGAGCAGUAUGGGGAAAGUGGCUUGAGAGAGCCCUGCCUUCCCUUUCUUAGAAUUGUAGAGUUGAAAGAGGACCGUCUACUUCAACCCCCUGCAAUGGCAGAUGUCCCAUACAGGUUUCGAACCUGCAACCUUGGCCUUAUCAGCACCUCGCUCUAACCAACUGAGCGGUCUAGGCUCACAAUCCACAGAGGAAGAGAUUUGAUUGGAUGCUGGGAGUCAGCUGAUACAUGGGAUCAUGGGCUUAGACCCUAAAUAGAAGGGACAGUUUGUGGGAGUCAAGGAACAAACAGGGAAGAACAGAGAGAAAGAGGUGUUUCUUUACAUGAAUGGUAGACAGUACCACUCCAAUACACAUUUUCCAAUCUUCCUUAAAUGUAUGUUCUUCUUGUUCUCCUAUUCUAUAAGUUAGAUCUGCAAGACAUGCAUAUUCCAUCAGUUUAAGUUGCCAUUCUUCUUUAGUUGGGACUUCACUCGUUUUCCAUUUUGGGGCUAACAAAAUAUGGGCUGCAGCUGUGACAUACAUAAAUAACCUUUUUUGACACCUGGGAAUUUCCGUCCAAAUUAUCCCCAACAAAUGGUGAGUUGUGGGGCCUAUUCUGCUCUGUUGGUUAGAGCAGCAGCAGCAGCAGCAGCAGCAGCAGCAGCAUCAUCUUCAUCAUUAUUUUAUUUGUACGCCGCCUUUCCAUAGUUAAAACAGUGCUCAAGGCAGCUUACAACAUGACAAAAUUACAUAAUUAUCAACAUAACAAAAGUCAUAAUAAAUAAAACACAUCAAAAAAUACACAACCAAAGGGAAAACAAUUUCCACAUAAAUCACACAAUCUAAGACUAAAAAUACAGCAUUAAUAUUAAUCACAAUUUAAAAUAACAUGGUGUUGUUGUUUAGUCGCUUAGUCGUGUCCGACUUUUCGUGACCCCAUGGACCAGAGCACGCCAGGCACUCUUGUCUUCCACUGCCUCCCCCAGUUUGGUCAAACUCAUGCUGGUGGCUUCGAGAACACUAUCCAGCCAUCUCGUCCUCUGUCGUCCCCUUCUCCUUGUGCCCUCUAUCUUUCCCAACAUCAGGUUCUUUUCCAGGGAGUCUUCUCUUCUCAUGAGAUGGCCAAAGUAUUGGAGCCUCAGCUUCAGGAUCUGUCCUUCCAGUGAGCACUCAGGGGUUAUUUCCUUCAGAAUGGAGAGGUUUGAUCUACUUGCAGUCCAUGGGACUCUUAAGAGUCUCCUCCAGCACCAUAAUUCAAAAGCAUCAAUUCUUCGGCGAUCAGCCUUCUUUAUGGUCCAGCUCUCACUUCCUUACAUCAAAUGGCACACAUCAAAAUGACAUAGAUAAAAAAAUAAAAGCAAUUAAAAACAAAAAUGGAGGCCUCUCUGCCCAGCAGCAGCAGCAGUCCUUUAUGGAGCCUGUCAGGCCCCGCCCCAAGCCAGGUGAAGAGAGGCAGGGCAGGGCCCUUCAGGUUCCCAGCAGGUCAGUCCUGCAGCACAGUGCUGAUAACGCUCAAGGUUGCAGGUUCGAUCCCUGUAUGGGGCAGCUGGAUGAGGGCAGACAGAGGUGGGCUGGGCAGAUGGACCAGGACUUUUUGUGGUGGGAAGUAAUGCAUAUAUCCCCUAACCCUAAUCCUAACUAUAAACUCUUUCUGUAGAUGGAGAAAUGCCAUACCAGGCGGAUUUCCUGGUGAAGAACUGGGAUGUGGAUGAAGUACUGCCAGCAGAUAUCCAGGAUCUUUUCCUGCAAGCUGUGGACAGCAUGUGGGAACAAGAUGGCCUGACCGUCGUCAAUAUUACCUCAGCGUUGGACCGGGGAGGCCGUGUACCUUUGCCCAUUGAAAACCGGAAGGAAGGGUAAGAGGAGGGGAGUCUCUUGCAGGCUGUAGAAAUGGUCCCCAAUACAGUGGUACCUCGGAUUAAGUACUUAAUUCAUUCCGGAGGUCCAUUCUUAACCUGAAACUGUUCUUAACCUGAAGCACCACUUUAGCUAAUGGGGCCUCCCACUGCCGCCACGCCGCCGCUGCGCGAUUUCUGUUCUCAUCCUGAAGCAAAGUUCUUAACCUGAAGCACUAUUUCUGGGUUAGCGGAGUGUGUAACCUGAAGCAUAUGUAACCUGAAGCGUAUGUAACCCGAGGUACCACUGUACUGGAAAGGCUGCCUCCUUUUCUACAGAAUCUCCUCAGAUUCUGCCAGGGAAUGGUCUGAAGCAAAGGGAUGGGGGAUGCAUUCCCAGCAGAGCAGCUUCUCUCAGAAAAGGAGCUGGAGGCGGAAGAUUCACCCUCCCCCCCGUUGCCUACAGUUGUCUCAGAAGCCAAGACAGACACAGAGCGGUUUAGGCAGGAGUUACCUAGCUGGGAGAUAAUGGCAAGGGGAACAGAAGGGAGGGGACAGAUAGCAGAGACGUCAUUAGAAAGAGUGGGGGACACUCCCUCCAUGAACUUGGAGAUCCAAAUGUAUUAGAGAACAAAGGUUGCAGAGAGAAGGAGGGACCUCCCGUUGGCACCUAUUAUCUUGCGGAAGGGGGAAGGGGCAAAAGUUAGAGAAGCCAACUGCUCUCCUUGGGGAGGGAUGUGGAUUUUUGCUUGCAUCCUGAUGCCUGAACUAUAAAAUACAGUGGUACCUCAGGUGACAGAUGCUUCAGGUUACAGACGCCGCUAACCCAGAAAUAGUACCUCGAGUUAAGAACUUUGCUUCAGGAUGAAAACAGAAAUUGCGCGGCGGCGCGAGGCCCCAUUAGCUAAAGUGGUAUCUCGGGUUAAGAACAGUUUCAGGUUAAGAACGGACCUCCGAAAUGGAUUAAGUUCUUAACCCAAGGUGCCACUGUAUAAACUUAUAAAAAUAUAAACGUAUAAAAGAACUAUAAAAUAUAAGGUAAAGGUAAAGGGACCACUGACCAUCAGGUCCAGUCGCAGACGACUCUGGGGUUGCGACGCUCAUCUCGCUUUAUUGGCCAAGGGAGCUGGCGUACAGCUUCCGGGUCAUGUGGCCAGCAUGACUAAGCCGCUUCUGGCGAACCAGAGCAGUGCACAGAAAUGCUGCUUACCUUCCCGCCGGAGUGGUACCUAUUUAUCUACUUGCACUUUGAUAUGCUUUCGAACUGCUAGGUUCGCAGGAGCAGGGACCGAGCAACGGGAUCUCACCUCGUCACAGGGAUUCGAACCGCCGACCUUCUGAUCGGCAAGCCCUAGGCUCUGUGGUAUGGACCACAGCGCCACCCAUGGACUAAAAUAUAAACUGCCUGUUAAUUAUUAUCUGUGAAAUUCCUGGAGGGGAGGCGGACUCUCCACACCUGGCAGAUGCGAAGAUCACAGAGGGGCCCCACUUGGUUGUUCCACCGCCCUCAGAAACUGUAAAUUGGGAGGCCAAAUAACAGGAAAAGGAGUAUUUAUCUGUUGAACAGCAAGGCUCAACUGUACACGUUUUCUGGCUUGCUAGCACUGCAGAUCGGAAAGCUGCUCAUUGAAAGCCUCUUCUGCAUUGCCCAACAUCAAAGGUGUCAGUCUGGGUCUCAAAUCCCACGUGAGAUAAGGACUUCCCUCUGCAUGCGAAGACAGGCUCCAGUGGAUUGAGCAGACAAGACCAAGUGUGGGUUCAAUGGUCAAGAAGGCAGUUUCUCCAUGACCUGUAGAGGGAAGUGAGGGGCAGAUGGGACUCACCCACCAGGGAAGGUAGCCCAUCUAGGAGAAGGAAAACUCUGGUCCUAAACCUCCGCUGCCUUGUGGGAUAUUUCAGGAGAAGAAAAGGCUUAGGAGUAAACCCUACACAAAUCCAGAGUGGCGUCACUAAGACAGUUGGAUGGUGUCUUUUAUGCCUCCUUCCAGCAACUCCUGCAGCCCAGCUGGUGCCAAACAUAUUGCCCUGCUUUCCUUUGGCCUCAGCCCAGUAUACCUGAAGGAGCAUUUCCACCCCCCAUCAUUCACUGAGGUCCAGCUCCCAGGCCAUUUAGGGCUUUAAAGGUCAGCACCAACACUUGGAAUUGUGCUUGGAAAUGUACUGGGAGCCAGUACUGGGAGCCAAUGUAGGUCUUUCAGGACCGGUGUUAUAUGGUCUCGGUGGCCUUCUUCUCCUUCUUGCAGGGUGUUCAUCAAGGUGGGCUCCAAGGAGCCAUUCAACGAGUGCUUAACCAAGGUCAUGUCCCCUGCCAACCGCAACCGGUGCAAGCUGCAGCAACAGCCGGCCCUCACUUGUUAUGACACCUUCAGCCCUCGGUUCCAGAUCGACUGGUGCAACCUCACCUUGGUGAGAGAGGACGCUGGAGAAAGUGGGUGGUGGCAUGCGCUAGGCCAUCCCAGAGAUGCUCACUCCCCCUCUGUCCUUCCAACCCCCUUUUUUCUGCUCCUCAGAUAGAUCUCACCAAUAUAUACACCACGGAAGCAGUGACCAUCUAUGGAGACGGAGUGCUAGAGGAAGGCAGCGAAUUCAAUCCUCCAGAUGACGCCCCUGACAGGGAGUUCUUCAGCGACUUCCUGCUCACUUUCCUCCUCCCUUUCCUCCUGGCGCUCCUCCUCGCUCUCCUCCUGGCCUACAUCAUGUGCUGCCGACGGGAAGGCGUGUAAGUCUGAGUCUGAGGGAGGCCACAGCCUCCCAUGGGCAUUUCAUAAUACUGUACAGUGGUGGCUCCAGUUGUGAAAGGGAUCCAUUCCGGAGGUCUGGCCAGAUCCCGAGAUUUUUGCAACCUGAGGAUCACUGUUAUACGCAUGCGCGCGGCGGUAGACCACUUCUGCGCAUGCGUGCGCAGCGAAAAACUUCUGGGUUUGCUGCUUUUGCAACCUGAAGUUUACGUUACCAAGGGUGACGUAACCCGAGGUGCUACUGUAGUACAUUACAAAAAAGUUAUACACCAUAAACACAACAUUUUCACACAUUAAAAAGAAAAGGAUUCUUUUGAACCUUGAGACCUCCUUCCUUCCUCCAUGGGUUCCAAUUCUAAAUUUUAUUCCUGCAUACUUUACUGUAUUCUAUCUGUUAUAUAAUCAUAGUACCCAAUGUUACAUUACGGGUGUCACUGUAUUCCUGCCAAUGAUUUGAACUGUUUUCAGUGAUCUCUCAAAUAUGUCAGAAAGUCAUUCCAGUCUUUUGAAAAUACUCGGUCUUUCUGAUUUCUGAUCUUUCCCACCAGUCUUGCCACCUCUGCAUAUUCCAUCAGCUUGGUCUGCCACUCUUCUCUGGUCAGUACUUCUUCUUCAUGGUCACAGUCUCCCAAAAGGCAAAAAUGGGUUAAAAUCUGACAGUGAUUUACCAAGGACAGGUCCAGAAAAUGUUCAGCUAGAGUAUACAGGAUGGUUGUUAUCUUCGUACAGCCCUGAGUAUACUAAAUUCAAGGUUUUCUGUUGCCAAAUUGGACCUAACCCCAGUUUUCUCCCUUUUUAAAAUUGUAGGCAGAAAAGGGACCAGAAGACCUCAGAGUAAGUAGUUGUGCCUCCAUUUGCAUGUGAGUGGUUUGUGAAAAUGUGAAAUCAUUACUUCCACAUACUCCACACCCAGUGUCUGUAUUUCAGAAUUGCUUUUCCCCUUUCAGCCACACCCUUUUUUGUAUUUUCUAUUGUCGUCUUUUAAAAGUGAGGCGAUCCAAAGUACACACCUUAUUUGAAAAUGUGGAUAAAACAAAACCCACACGUCAGCGUUAUAUAGUCACGGGUAUUGAAAGUAUGAAUUUCUUCUUCUUCUGUUGACCAAACCCUUGCAAUCAUUUUGAAAUUCCUGCCUUACGUGCCAUGACUACAGGGCCAGCCCCACCAUUAGACAGGCUGAGGUCACUUCCAGACAGUUGAUAUUUCUGGGUGAGAGUCAACCACAGGCUGGCAAAUUUUAGCAUUUAUCUGGAUCUUUUUUGCGACAAACCCACUUCCCCCAAAGCUUUGACUUUAUGCGGUUAGGAAAGUGAUGGUGAACGGAUGUUCGGUAAAUAGUGGAAGUCACCUGACGUCCUUGCAAACUAGUUAGAGUGGAUACUCAGUGAAUGGGCUAUGAGUGGGGAGUGGUGUUGGGGGUGAUGGAGCUGUGUGUUCCAUGCAGUGGUGUAGCAUGGGGUACAGGGGGCCCGUGGCCCCAGGAGCAAAUUUCUGAGGGGACUUUAAAGUUCCAGAGUAAAGUAUAUCACUCUUCCUGGUCUUUAUGUCUCUUAUAAAAUUCAAAGAGAGAAAAUGGAUUUUAAGUCUUUUUGUAGGUCAGAGUCAGCUCAAGCUCCCAACUACUAUGAUAGCAAUCUUGGUAAAAUUAGUUCUUUCAAAUUGAUAUUUCCCCUCAAAAGAAUGGGAAUCAGAUUUUCUCCAUCUCCCAAACUUCCCACCAGCUGGGAAUUGGGAACACCUUCAAUUCCAAGAAUGGAUGCUUUGUUCCUUUGCUGUGAUCAUUAAAGACUCUUUAAAUCAGGCAUAGGCAAACUCGGCCCUCCAGAUGCUUUGGAACUAUAACUCCCAUCACCCCUAGCUAACAGGACCAGUGGUCAGUGAUGAUGGGAGUUGUAGUCCCAAAACAUCUGGAGGGCCGAGUUUGCCUAUGCUUGCUUUAAAUGGUCAGGGACUCUUUUCGUUUUGUCCUGCAGUGAAAGGGGGGGAGGGAGGAAGUUGAGUGCCCGGAGCCUGACACCUGUCUUGCACAGCCUAAAUGGGCCUACUGCCCUUGGUCACAAUGGGGGACAUCACUGGUGUCUGAAUAAAAUAAAUAUCCUGGUCUGGAACAGGAUAGGGAUGUCUUGGGGCCAUUGGACAUGUCUUGGAGCUUACCAUGUAUGAAUAGAAAUGUGCCUUUGUUGAUGACAUCAUCACACGGGAGCAGCAUCACAGGGGGCUUGUGAUCCCACAAUGCACCGAGCUGUUUCCAUGGCAACCAUUUAGUCCAAGUCCCUCCCCUGUAACCUCAUAACCUCUGGCAAAGCAGGAUGGCUUUGUCAUAUCUGCCUUGCACAGGAUAUCACCACCCAACAUCUUCCUCAGCUGCGAGGCAGGUAGCGUAGGGAUGUACCAACACAAGCCAGGCUUAAGGAGAAGAUGAGUGCCUUAGGCGAAACGCAGAUUGAUUUCUUGGUUAAUAAUGAGGAGUGCUCAGAGGAGAAGAUAUCGGCAGACAUCUUUGACCCCCCGGCACAUCAAGAAGACCAGGCCUUAAGGGAGCCUCAGCCGUCAUGUUCUGGCGAACACCUGAAGGCUACCUCCAAGUCCAAAACGAAAGGCAGAGAGCUCCACAAACCUUCCUUCCCCUGGAAAUUCCUCUUUCCGAAGCGCGGUGUCUCCAAGCUCAUUUUCCAGGUGGUGGCCUCAGGAGAGAAACGUCAUGGCGUCUCCCUGCAAGCCCUCAAGAAGAGUGUGGCGGCCACCGGAUACGACCUUGAGAAGAAGAAGAGCUACUUCAAGAGGGUCUUGAGGGCCUUGGUGGCCAAAGGUGUUCUGCGGAAGCUGACUGGCCGAGGGCUCACGGGCUGCUACGCCAUCAGCCGGAUGAUGAUGAGGUUGCUGAGGAGGAGGAGCCAGAAGAGGAGGAGAAGGGGGAAGGGGAAGGGGAAAGGGAAGGGGAAGGCCUUGCCAGAUCUCAAGCCGAAGCAAGUACCCAAGAAGAAAAAGAGGAAGAGCAGAAAGAGGAGGAAGAAGAAGACCAAGAGGAUGACAUCUAAGCCGACUGACUUGCAGAGUCCUAUGCUGAUGACAGGUUCCCAUAGCUGACGCUGUGUGUAAGGAGGAAAAAGAAUAAAGUGUCGUAUUUGAAGUGCCUCUGUUUUUGUGCCUCUUAUUUGAGAUGGUUAACAUCUGAUCCAAAGACAUGAGAAAGGACAGCUUCUUCUCAGUCUUUUGAGAUGGAGGUCUGAUGCAACCGGAGGUCUGAUACACAAAAUGUGUUUGUCUAUCUAUCUAUAUCUAUCUAUCUAUCUAUCUAUCUAUCUAUCUAUCUAUCUAUCUAUGUUUAUUGUGGUCCAUAGACCCACAAAACAGUUUCAAAACAAGAUACAGUUGAGACAACCAAACAACAGGCAAAAGAGACCGAGGUAGUCAUUUUGCUAUGUCUAGAGCAUGAUGGUCUCUGUUUCUUGUGACCUCCAAAAGAAACUUUGCCAUGGUCAGUGUAAUAUCGUUUGACCUAUCCUCCAGAAGGCUUUUAAUAUGGGAGGCUUCAGAUUUUCCCGGCAAAUUUGCUAGUAAGGGUUUGAUCAGCUGAUCCCUUGCUUGCUCAUUCUGAUAGGGGAUGCCUCUCAGUCUACCGUUUAGAACUUCUGAUGGAAAUACAGUUAAUCCAGCUUUGGUAAAUAAACGCCGAUAGGUGGGUACGGACAAAUUCCUAAGAUAAGAGGCUAACUGGAAGUCGUGCCCGUAUUGGAUUCCAGCUGCAAUCGGGCCACAUUGGAUUACAUUGGAUCUGGAUUGCUGGUCGCUAUGUGAGAUGUCCCAAAGCCUUUGCCUCAGGGAUACAAGGGCGGUAUCACAGCCCAGUUGAUACAGAAGGGAUGGUGACAGUCCAAUCGAGGUGGCUUUUCUGGCCAUAGUUUUCAGCCAUGGACUGAUAAACUCUUUGUUGGUUAGAUGUACAAGUAAUCCCUUCCCCAGGCCAAAUACUGUGAUCUUAAGCCAGUAUUUCAAGGCAGCCCACCAAGCUUUGGUGGAAAGUGGGAAUUCACGUGUGUGUGUGUGUAUCCCUAAGGCAGGGGAGCAGAGUGGCAGACUGUCUCUACUGGUGGCCGGGACUUCCUAACCCAGCAGAAAAAAAUUUGAGGGUAGAAAGUGGCCCAGUUCCUGCAAUCUCAUAUAGUGUGACAAGACGUAUGUUCACAUGGCAUGAUGUCUUGGGACAGAAGUGAACAUUGCCUGUUCACCCACCGCUGGGGAUGGAUCAGCAAAUCUGUCACUUUCAGUUUCUUGCUGCUUCAGUCAUAAAUCCAGUUCUCCACAUUUCCACAUCUGUUUGCUUUAAAAAAAUAAAAUCCUCGUGGAAAAUCAUCAGCACAUUGGUGCAGAUUUCUUUCAAAAUAAGCAUUUAUAUGCAUUUUUGUCUAAUAUAAACGUUUUAAAAAAUUAUUUUUAUUAGUUUUCCAAAUUACCAACAAAUCAAACUAAAUUAAUUUAAUACAUUUUUUUUAAAAAAAAUCAGGUUAUCCACCGCUUUUGCGAACGUAUGUCCAUUGUUUCCUCCCGUAGCCACACUUUUCCCUCAAAGCUGCAAGUCCUAAUAUAAUGGCUGCUCACCGUCUUUCCCGUGACUGGCGGUUGUGGCCUGACGUGGUCCCUCAUCUCUCUCUCUCGCCCAGAUGCACAGCGCCAUUUUAGAAUGUUUUCCCGUCCCCUCCGGCCACUGUGGAGGCUCAUGGGAAUCCGUUCUGGAAGUCCGUUCAACUUCCAAAGCAUUCGGGAACCAAGGCGCAGCUUCCGAUUGGCUGCAAGAAGCUCCUGCAGCCAAUCGGAAGCCGUGUCGGACAUUCGGGUUCCAAAUAAUGUUCGCAGACCGGAACACUCACUUCUGGGUUUGUGGCGUUCGGGAGCCGAAACGUUCACGUCGCAAGGUGUUUGACUUCUGAGGUACAACUGUACACUGGUAGCUCCUAGCUCCUCUGAUGUGGUAGGUGAUUCUGCCCUUAGGGAUGCUCGAGGAAUCCAAACUCUGCAAAUUCCUACAUGAAAUUUCCUACACCUUUUGGACUGAUGCGCAGAUAAGUACUUUGCUAACCGCCAGAUCUCAAUGCAGUGCAGUUACUGGCAAUUAAAAAUGUUGCCAAUGUACCCAACUCCUUUCAAGAGCAAAGCACAUUUAAAUUAUGCAUUCUGAGGUAAACGAUGCCUGUAGAUAAUCUAUUAAAGUACAUCUUAAAUACACAUUUUGAGAUUAACACCCGCACACCCGCCACCAAAACUGCAGUUUAAUGCAGAAAGGGGAUUGAAUAGCAUUUCCCCCCUUCUCAUUCAUGAAAGCCUUCCUUGAAGUGAUUUCACAGUAAAGAAUAAGUACAAUUAAAAAACAUCCACCAAGGAAAAACAACGACAGCCACAUGGUGAGUAAAUUGUGGGUGAAAAAGGAGGCCUCGUCCACGACAGCUCCAGAGCGUAACAACACUGAGGUCCAGUGCCGGGGGCCUUCUGGCGGUUCCCUCGCUGAGAGAAGCCAAGUUACAGGGAACCAGGCAGAGGGCCUUCUCUGUAGUGGUGCCCACCCUGUGGAACGCCCUCCCACCAGAUGUCAAAGUGAAGAACAACUACCAGACUUUUAGAAGACAUCUGAAGGCAGCCCUGUUUAGGGAAGCUUUUAAUGUUUAAUAGACUAUUGUAUUUUAAUAUUUUGUUGGAAGCUGCCCAGAGUGGCUGGGGAAACCCAGCCAGAUGGGCGGGGUAUAAAUAAUAUAUUAUUAUUACUACUAUAACAUGAGAACGGGCCUUUUUGGUAGUGGCUCCCAUCUGUGGAAUGCUCUCCCCGGUGAGGUUCACCUGGCGCCUUCAUUAUAAGCCUUUGAGAGCCAGACAAAAACAUUCCUUUUUAACGAGGCCUUUGGCCAAUGAACAUCCGAUGCCCUUUUAAAAUGUGUUGGCAGUGUUACUGGGUUUUUUGUUUUUCUUUUGAUUGUGCGUUUGGCAUUUCUGUGUUUGGAUUAUAUCUCGCGAACCAUCCUGAGACCUGCGGGUAUAGGGCGGUAUACAAAUUUAAAUGAUGAUGAUGGGACCUACAGACUGGAAAAAGACAAUUCACCCACCCCCACACCGUUUUUCAGUUUUGUCCUCCCCCUUCCCCACUUAUAUGUGAUUUUGAUUUUUUGAAGAAUGGGAAAAAUUACAGACACCGGUGAAUUUUAAAUACAGGGCUUGCUUUAUUCGUCAUAAGGAUGCGGAAGUCACUCUGGAGGACACAGCAAGCACCCUUCACACUUUGACCUGAUUCUGGGCAGCUGGGAGAGAGAGAGCCCUGCUUCUCUUUGCGCCUCGGCCGGACUCUGCCUUCCCUUGCUUCUUGUUCCUGCCACUCCUGGACGUGGCUUGGCUGCCUUUCUUCUUGGCGGCUUCCUUGGCCUUCCGGCCUCUCAUCUUGGGCUGGUACUUCUUGACGAUGUUGGGGUUGACCUUGAAGAAGCCUGUGGCUCCCUUCCCUUUCACUUGCCAGAGUUGCCCUUUGGACACCAUGUUGUUGAUGGACCUCAUGAAGUAGUGCUUCUUCUCCUCCAUGUCAUAGCCCAUGUCGGUCACGGUCUUCUGGAGAGAUUGCAGGGAAAGCCCAGUCUUUCUCCGGCAGGUGGCCACGGCUGUAAAUAUCAGCAAGGAAAGGUGGGUGGUCGGUGGCUUGGGCACAGCUGCUCUCGUUGGAUUGCGGUCAGAAGCAGUCCUUGCCCCAGGAGUUCUUCUGCCUCUCUGCAAGGAAGGAUCCAGGGAAGAAGGGUCCUCAGAGGAACCCGAGGAUUGCAUGUUUGGAGAAACAUCAGAUUCUUCAGUGUCUUCUGGAGCUGAGUCUCCGUUGGUUGAGCCAGUUUCAGAUGCAUCAGCCGAAGGAACGUCCGCAAAUUCUUUUGACUCCAUCAUAUUGCUCAGAAAGUGCCUUCUGUUUGACCCCCUUCUUCUUGUUGUUUCUGGGUGGAUAGUUCUGUCGGUUCGUUUCUAUCUGGGAGGGAAAUGUGUCUCACUCCCUUCUCAGAUUUAAAGAAAGUCAAUGGGGGUGUUGCUUUUGUCUUUCUCUCUUGGUCUGUAUUGUCCACACGUGUCUACCACGUCUGUCUUUUAACGUAAACAGGUUUGGAGAUUUUGUGGCUCCGAAUAUCUUGUCACAUUCACAACUUGAUUCGCCCGCACGCUCACCCAAUCCUUGCUGCGAUACUUGGGGUUUCCUGAAUAAACAGUUAUCUCUUUUCAACCUCUCUCAACAGUACUUUUGAGUUUGCUUGCCUUGGUGGGUAGAGGAUUUCAAGUUGAUGGUGCUCAGCUGCAAGGCAAAUCAAUCCUGUCCAUCUCUCAGGCACAAUUUGAGUAUUUAGGUCCAGCUAGUUGCCAUGGGAACAAAGCUGGAUGCUCUGUGAUGUCAGCUUAGUGCUCUAUGAUGCCACGAGGAUACUGCCUGAGGUAUUGCAUCACACGCCUGCCUCUUCCACUUAAUGGUUUGCCAUUUUCUUUUAAAAAACACACACAUUGAACUAUUUGUUAACUCAACAAAUGAGAGUAGUAGUAGUAAUAAUAAUAAUAAUAAUAAUAAUAAUAAUAAUAAUAUUUGUAUCCCAUCCAUCUGACUGGGGUUGCCCCAGCCACUCUGAGAAGCUUCCAGCAUCUAUAAAAACACAAUAAAACAUCAAACAUUAACAACUUCCCAAUACCGGCCUGCCUUCAGAUGCCUUCUAAAAGUUGUAUAGUUACUUAUCUCCUUGUACAUCUGAUGGGAGGGCAUUCCACAGGGCGGGCACCACUACUGCCCUCUGCCUGGUUCCCUAUAAUCUCACUUCUCACAGUGAGGGAACCUCCAGAAGGCCCUGGGAGGUGGACCUCAGUGUCCACAUGUCAGCUGAGUGAUGGAGAGAAUAUGUAGCAUAGAAAAGGGCCCAGGUUUAAUCUCCAGGUAAGCAGGGCCACAAUAAGACUCCCACCUUGGCUGUUGGAGGGGUGCUGCUAGUUAAAGUGGGAUACAUUUCAUGCAUCAUCGUAAAGCCAGGUCAACUGGUCCUUGUGCCCCGUAAUCAUUAUUACUAUUACCACAUUUAUAGCCACAUUUAUAGCCACCCAAGACAUUUUGGCGACUGAGGAGGACCUCAAAAUGGCACCUCCCUCCCUGCCAGGGAAGAAGGGAUGAGGGAAGAUCUACAUCAGGAACAAGAGGGGACUAAAUAUCUACAUUGGGAUCUGCUGACCCUAUGGAUCCUGCCACCUGAGGCGGUCACCUCACCUUGCCUCAUGGGUGGGCUGGCCCUGUUUAUAUCUCACUUCUCCUUCUCAGUCAUGUACAGUGGUAUCUUGGUUCUCAAACGCCUUGGUACUCAAGCAACUUGGAACCCAAACACUGCAAACCUGGAAGUAAGUGUUCCGGUUUGCGAACUUUUUUCGGAAGCUGAACAUUCUCCGUUUUGAGUGUUACGCUUCCGAAUUGAUGGCCACACUUCCGUUUUAAGUGUUAUGCUGAGGUCUGUCUGUUUCUGCUAUUUAUUUUGCAUUUUUCUUGUUUUUGCAGCUCUUUUUUGUUUUGUUUUUGUGACUGUGUGGAACCCAGAUCAGUUACUGAUUGAUUGAUUGAUUGUGUGACUGCAGUACAUUGUUUAUCGCUUUCAUUUUAUGGAUCAAUGGUUUCGCAAGAUAGUAAAAUUCAGGUUAAACUGCUGUUUUACGAGUUGUUUUUAAUUGUCUGGAACAGAUUACCGUAUUUUUCAUCCUAUAGGGCGCACCGGCCCAUAGGACGCACCUCAUUUUUUGGGGGGGGGGGGAAUGAAUAAAAAAAAUUAUUUCCCCCCCCAGCCGCGGCUGCCGCCCCAAGCCUUGCGUACACCUGCCUGAAGCACGGGGCGCCCUCCAGAGGGCUCCCCGUGCUUCGGGCUGCAGGCUACCGCCCCAAGCCUCGUGCGCCCGGCGGGAGGUCCCGCCGGGCGUGCAAGGCUUGCGGACACUCGCCUGAAGCACGGGGAGCCCUCCAGAGGGCUCCCCGUGCUUUGGGCGGCAGGCUGCUGCCCGCAAGCCUUGUGAGCCCGCGGAAACUCCCGCAGGGCUUGCAAGGCUUGCGGAUAGCUUCCUGAAGCCUGGAGAGCGAGAGGGGUCGGUGCGCCCCGAUGCCUCUCGCUCUCCAGGCUUCAGCGGAAGCCUGCAUUCGCCCCAUAGGACGCACACACAUUUCCCCUUCAUUUUUGGAGGGGGAAAAGUGCGUCCUAUGGGGCGAAAAAUACGGUAAUCCAUUUUGCAUUAUUUUCUACGGGAAAGUGCGCCUUGGUUUUGGAAUGCUUUGGUUUUGGAACGGACUUCCGGAAUGGAUUAUGUUUGAGAACCAAGGUACCAUUGUACAUGGUUCCCUCCCUCCCCAUUUUAUUCCCACAUCAACCCUGUUAGGAUAAUACCAUUUCUUUUCUUCCUCAGCAUCCAAAUGGUGCAUCACCACACAAUCCACGACAACACUGAGGAGCUGAGGGAGAUGGCCAGCACCCGAGAUGUUCCCAGGCCCCUCUCCACCAUGCCCAUGUUCAACGUCCGCACGGGCGAGAGGACCAAUCCCAUGAGAAGCGCCCGCUUUGACACUGCCCAGGUGCCUCUCAUCCUGGCUCAGCAGUGAACGUUUGUCAGGUGAGUUCCUCCACAGCCACUGCAGAGCCAUAGAGGUGAAUGGGGCCUUGAAUGCCUGGGAACAGGCAUGUUCAGUAGGGUUAUAACAUGUAUUUUUUUACAACCUCAUGUUCCUGUAGCUUAGAUAGACGAACUUUGGUCUAAAAACAAUGGAAUGAACUGUCAUUUCCAAAUCGUUUGGAAAAAAGAUUUCACUGCAAAAUCAAUAAAUUGAUUUUUGCACAUGUAGCUAUAUACAGUGGUACCUUGGUUGUAGAAUGGCUUGGCUCCCAAACAAAUCGGCUCCCGGAUGCCGCAAACCCAGAAGUGUGUGUUUCGGUUUGUGAACGUUUCUUGGGAGCCGAAUGUCCGACGCGGCUUCCGAUUGACUGCAGGAAGCUCCUGCAGCCAAUCAGAACUGCGCCUUGGUUUUCAAACGGUUCUGGGAAUCGAACGGACUCCCGAAAUGGAUUAAGUUUGACAACCAAGCUACAAGUGUAGUGUAUUCUGUAAUGCGCACAGCAUGUAUACAGGGAAAACAGAGAUUGCAAAGUUUAUAAUACUUGUGCUUUGUACAUUGUACAUCAUUGCAAAGUUUAUAAUGCCUUGUACAUUGUACAUCAUUUCUUACUGCUUAGAAUAAAUCGAGGUUGCAGUUUGUCUUUGUUUCUGCCUCGAGCACCAUAAAAUUCCCGCAUCGCUUUUGAUUGCGCAUUCUGCGCACUGAUUACUUCUUGGUAUCUGGAGUACAGAUGGCUCCUGCUUCCAGUGAUUCUCCAAUACAGUUUUAGGAAAUUCCAGACAGCUGUAAAAGUUCUAAACAGUCCCAUAAAGUUUUAAAAAUUGCUAAUACUUAUGAGUAGCAAUGUUACAUAUAUGGUGAUACCAACUUUUCUGUCAGGGAACUGCCAUCGGAGCUGGAAGCGGAGGGAAGGCUCCAAAGGGAUGGUGGAGAGGGUCCCAGUGGGGAGAGAGGGAGCCCAUCUGCUGGGGAAGGAAAUCAGCGUAACACCAGUAGAGAAGGGGGGCAGAUGGGGGAAUCAGGGAGGAGGCUCCAAGACUCCUCGCCGGAGACCAGCGGAGAGAGUACGGGUACUCCACUGCCCACACCCUCCCUGCGCAGAAGACUUCCGCGCAGGGAGAGUAGGAGGAGACUUGGCGUCAAGGAACUUUUGUGCUGGAAGAAGUUUAAGAAACGCCCACUGACGGAUUCUGCCAGCGACUGAGACAGUCACGAUGCUGGAGGCUGUUCAGUCAGAAAGGGUUAACCAGGUAACCUAGCCAGGAGUGGCGGCAACUUACGCACGAGCAACCCCUAAACCCAUUACAUUUUCAUUUCGGGGUGACCUUUUUUUCGCAACUGAGAAGAAUUAGUCCCUUUUUCAGUGUUUCUAAGCAAAAGUUCAUCCCUUUAUGAUACAGGAAAGAGGUGUGAUUUUUUUUUUUUUAAGUCAAAAAGUUAUAACGCUAGUGCUCAGUCAAGGCAGGAUUUAACCCUGUCCUUUUUGCAGGGGUGGGGAACCUUUUUCCUUCUUUCUUUUUUGCAAGUACAGUGGUACCUCAGGUUAAGUACUUAAUUCCUUCCGGAGGUCCGUACUUAACCUGAAACUGUUCUUAACCUGAAGCACCACUUUAGCUAAUGGGGCCUCCUGCUGCUGCCGCGCUGCCGGAGCACGAUUUCUGUUCUCAUCCUGAAGCAAAGUUCUUAACCUGAAGCACUAUUUCUGGGUUAGCGGAGUCUGUAACCUGAAGCGUAUGUAACCUGAAGCAUAUGUAACCCGAGGUACCACUGUACAAAGACACAGAAACCUUCUGGUGGAUGAAUGACCCCUCUUGUAGUCUCCGUUCCCCCUACUCAGUAAUGGAAGCCAAAGAAAAGCAUGUGGUAUUAAACUCCCCCCUCCUCUUUCCCUCCAACAGGUCAAAUCUGGCCAGGCUGUGGAGAAUGUCCCCACCAAAGACUUCUCUCAAUAUUGAGGCAACUUCUCUUGAAACUCGGGAGAGUGGAUUUUGCUUUCCUGCUUGUUUCCACUUUGAUAAUGGUGGGAAUUGGGGUAAUGGUGGGAAUUCGGUAACUCUGUGCAUAUGUUUGUAGGGUUAAGCAUUUUGACUCCCGGGGCAAUGCUGUUUUUGUGUUUUUGCUACAUAUCCAAGUGGUGGGUGGGUAGUUCAGAGCUGCUGGUGCCAGGCAUUGUGGGUACAUAACCUUGGUCACAGAACUACAGUGCCCAGAGUUCUGUGGGUAACAUCACGACAAUACCUCUUUGAACCCAUAGAGUGACUGCGAUCAAAGAGUCCUUUGAUUACCAUUUUGCACCUUGUUGUGAUAAAAGGUUGAACACGCUUCUUUGUAUUGUUUUUAUUUAUUUUAUUUUAUUUUAUUUUUAUUUACCUUCUCCCCAAUUAAGAGCCUUCAAAAGGCUGGAUUUCUUGGUUAGCGUCACAUUCCGUAACUGUUAUGCGGCUUUGAUGGGUUCAACUUGGAAAACCUCCCAUAAAUCAGAGUGGAAACUAAAGGUAUGCUAAAACCUCAUGCACAACUUCAACACACAUGCUGUGCCAAAUGGCACCACACACACACAUUAAUUUUCACCCGCACACAUUUGUACAAUGGGCGUAAAUACUUUCCAGCAAUGGAUGGAAAGGUCUGUCCAUUUUGGUUCUCCCAGCUUCUCAUUCUUCCAGUCUUCAAUUCUGUCCUCCAUAUUUCUGCAACAAUUGGCAAUUUUCUUUGUAAAAAAAUAAAAUAAAUCCUCAUAAAAAUUCUUCAGCAAUUUAGUGCAAAUUUCUCCUAAUAAGCACAUUUUUGUAUGCAGGUUUGACUGAUAUGCACGUUUCCAAGCAAUUUUUCCUAAUAUAAUGCACUUUUGUAUCGAGUUUUCAUGAAUAUAUUCAUUCUAAUGCAUACUUUCCCCUGAUAUAUGCAUUUUUGUAACCAUGGAUAGGUUGGGGAGCUACAUUGCAAAACUUGGAUAAGUGCUAACUUCAAAAAAAUGGCUUUGUUUUGGCUCUCACGUGGUUUUGGUAAGUGCAGAUUUGAUAGAUCGGGCUUUGAAUGGAAGCCGAAUUGAAUUUCUACCUUAUCUCUACUUCCAACAAAGGCACUGCCUAGCCACCACUGAGAAACAUUCAUUUCCAACACACAACUCAAACGUUUAUUUUCAAAAUAUUUGUUUAUAUCCUGCCAGAGUGUACAAACACACACACACACGAUAAACGCCGGCUCCCUCGGCCUGAAAGCGAGAUGAGCGUUGCAAUCCCAUAGUCGAAUUUGACUGGAUGUAACCAUCCAGGGGCCUUUACCUUUUUCUUUUUUUUUACCUGCACACACUUCAGCAUGGACCUAUUAAUGCAUAUAAUAAAUCUCCCACACACCCUUAGCACAUGCUGUGUCCUUGCACAGCCUACUCUCUCAUUUCACACAGAGAAAUCCUCAAUACCUCAUAUUCUGAGAAUGCUGCCUCCCCAGCUAGGAAUGGAGAUAAAUUUGGUUCAGUUCGCAUUUAAAGGCAAACAUACAUAAAUCACACUUCACUGAACAUAAGGUGACCUGAAGCAUCCUUCAGAAUUCACCGUUCUCUGGAUCUCUGCAGUUCUCCAGACAGGUAAUGAGUAAAGAAAAUGCACAUACGCUGAAAUGUGUGAUUAUGGAAACUGACAUAUCAAAUUGCAUUACAUUAGGGGAAAUUGCUUGCAAAAACGUGCAUAAAAUUGCAUUGACAUGUGUAUAUGGAGAAAUUUGCACUAAGAUGCUGAUUAAUUUUCACGCUGACUUAUUUUUUUAAUGAAUAAAAACUCAUGUGGCAGGGUGGAGAAUUGAGUUUAAGACUAGAAAAAUGAAAAACAGAGAGAAUCCAAAAUGGACAUAUUCACCCAAUCCUACUUCCUGCUCUGUACAAAGAAAACCUCAACACCUUUGACUGCCACAUGCUCACAGACACCCCAACCUAUAGAUUCAAAUGUUCUAUACUCCUGGACCACACAGUAUGUCGCAGCUGGACAUCAGAAACUGUCAAAUAGAACAUUAUGGAAGCCCCUUGUCUUCAAAGAGUACAGGUCCACCCCCCGGUUUUAAAAUCCUAAAAUGACAACUCAGGCAAAAUUACCCCCUUUGUAUUGGAAGAGGUGAGAUCUGUAUAUGUCAGCUUUCACAAUUCACAGAACACUUCAAUAAAAACAUUUUACAGUUUUGUACUUUAAAUAUGACACUCUCGUUAAAAGAAAAACCAACCUUCCUUCCUUCCUUCCUUCCUUUCUCUCUCUCUCUCUCUCUCUCUCUCUCUCUCUCUCACACACACACACACACACACACAAUACUUACCUUUGCACUACCAUCAAACUAAAUCAUAACCUUUCAUCGUUAACGGACGCACUGUGAUGCCACAACAAGUGAACUCUGAACAGUGAUUAAAGCAAUAUUUUUAAAAAGUC